CAUUCACCUAAAGUAAAGAACAUAUGAGAAGAAUGAAUCGCGUUGCUGAAAGGACAUAUUUAAUCAGGUACUUGUGGAUAUUUUAAUAUUCCAUUUUACCAAAGAGCUAUACAAAUAAAUGUAUUUUAUACUUCUUUGAUUUUACUAUAAUUGCGUACGCGGUAAAGUUUACACAUGUACUUAACAUGUAAUUGGUCGAGCAAAAACAAACAUAUCUUGAUAUCACAUGUUAAUUAUAUUCUUCGAAAUAUACGUAGAAGUAAUUAUAUAGUUUGUAAACCUGAAAAAAGGGAUCCCGUGAAUGAAUAAAAAAACAACAACAAAAAAAAAAAAAAAAAAAAAAAAAAAAAAAACAGAAAUACAAGUAAUUGCUGCAAUGCCUUUACGUAACGUGUUAAAUAAAAAAAAAUGUCGGGGUUUUAAAAAUAAACUCAGUAUUGUUAAACUGGCUCAUAGAGAACAUUCAAUUUUAUUAUAAAAGAAUUCCUCUUUAGCCGGUGCUUGCGAGCGUGAAGGGUGUUGCAUAGUUCUUUACCUCUCGUGAACACAGUCAAACGGAACCUGUUAUUACUAGAUUCACAGAUGUAUGUAUGUGUAUGUCAACUAAUAUACUUAAAAAUAUUAUUUAAUAUGGAUGGAUGCAUGUAUUAAACUAGAUCUAAUGUCUUCAAUAUGAUUUAACAAACGUAAAGUCUUAAUCCAUGUCAUUUCUUGCCUUACUUAAUUUCCUCUCUUAAAGAACUUAGAAAAUAGAAGCGUGUUCCAUUUUAUCCAAGGAAAUAUUUUGUCUGCCGUAUGAGAGAGGUAGGUUCCAUGCGUCGUUGAUCUGCAAUAUGUCUUAUUCUUAACAUACAUAGUAUAAAAGCAAUUCUCGUAAACUUUCUAACCUGCAAUUAUUUCACUUUUUCUUCCUUUGAUUCCGGGCAGAUGGGCUACUGGCCUUGACAAUACCGUUGAGCGACAGGGAACACCUUGGAAUUUCGAAGAAAGAAAAACGGAACACAGGCUUGAAUAACACACAAGGAGAUCAGCGUUUCAUGCCAUAGAAGCGAAAUUAGGCUAUUUAAUAUAUCUUAGAAAAUUAAAAACUUCCCAACUGCCAUCCACGGAGACCUUAGUAAUAAUGUAUCACGGAUCGAUCUUGCAAAAUAAAGCCGAAAAAAUCUCCAACUAUUAAUAUCUUCACCAGCUACAUAUAGCUGUGUUCUAUUUGUCUUUCCACGCUAUUAAACAGGAUUUGCACAUAGAAACAAAACAAAAUAUGAGUAUUUCCUUGUUAUAGUUGCGAGCUGACGGGGACAUUCAGGGUUCCAACACUUGGGUGUUUAUUAUUUAAAAUGUUUUGUGUAACAUUGAUACAGCAGUAAACACUGUUACAGUAUAUUGAUAUAACUUUGUGUAAAUAAAGCAAAGUGUAAGUUGUUUAUACAACUGCUUUUUAGAAUUUCAAAAUAUACUUUAAAAUCACUUAAUAACUUCUAAAGCUCCCAAGAUGACAUAGCAAUAUCUUAAAAAAAAACUGACAAUACAUUUGAGCCGCAUCAUGAGAAAUCCAACAUAGUGCGUUUUGCGACCAACAUGGACCAAGACCAGCCUGCGUAUCCGCUUAGUCUGGGUAGGAUCCAUGCUGUUCGCUUUCAAAGCCUAUUGCAAUUAGAGAAACCGUUAGCGAACAACAUGGAUCCUGACCAGAUUGCGCAGUUUUCUCAUGGCGCGGCUCAGUAAUGAAAAUUCUCAGAGACACGUUUACAAAGUUCUGUUAUUUAUAACGUACUUUCUUCAUAAUCGAGAAACAAAUUUAAUUUGAAUUGAUAACGGACAAUUCAUUUAUGAAAUUUACUAUCCUUUAUGUAUAUUUGUGUGACAUGAAUAAAAUGAUGCCACCACAUUACUUCUUCAAAUUUUAAAAUUCUGUUUAUUUCAAUAUUAUGUAAAAACGUAGCUUAAACAAACGUGCAUGUAAUGCAGUGUAUUAAGAUAUGGCUGUUAGUUUGUUUACUGAGACCACUUAAAUUGCAUUUUUACUCCCCAUUUAAUGAAACAUUCGCUCCUUAAAAUAUUCUGAUUUAAAUGCAAAAGACUGUUUUAUUUAUGUAAAUUGCAAAAAACCUUUGACAUGAUGAAUGUUGUAUCUCCGCGUUAUUUAUCACUGAACUCGAACAAAUGUUUCGCCUAAUUGUUUCGGAAGAUUUUAGCAAUAUAUCAGAGUAAGAUCAAAGUGGUUUUGUUGAUCGUGUAGUUAUCAUUCUUAUUUCACUUUUUACAACAGUAACAAGUUUGUAAGCCGACAUAUAAAAUAAGGAUCAGGAAAUCCGGACAGUAUUUAUUGAAAUUCGAAUUCUGUUCAGAAUGGAGUACAUAAUAUUUUUUAUUUUCGCAACUGCAUGUAGUUUUCAAAUGGUUGCUUCGAAACUUUUCACUUUUGAAGUGGAAAACUUUGCACCAAACGCAAUGCGCAUGCCCAGGUCAGGGGCAUCUGGGAAUUUUACAGUACUUUUUAAACACGGCGACUUCAUUAAUAUAGAUUUCUGUUUACGAGUAUCGAGUAACGUUCUGUUAAAAAGCGCGAUUUACUCUAACGACGGACCGUCCGACACAGUCCGAGUAUCUUUAGAUGAGCAAUACAUCGGAACGUUCAAAACCUCGGCGUUUAAAAAUGGAGGGAAGGGGUGGAAUAAGUUUAGGUCGUCCAGAGAAUUUCCGGGGAAAAAGAAACUCGACAUAGGAAGGCAUAUUCUGACAAUUAAAGCAUCACAGUCAGACCAGUGGGGAUUGGAAAUUGAUUAUAUAAUAUUAGACAUUGAUGACAAAUACUUAGAAUAUAAAGACAUUCUGUGUAACCAGUAUUGCUUCGACGUCAAAUAUGACGACGUUCCAAGAAUUGAUUCUGUUCCAAGCGGCAAGUUUGUGCAAAGAUCGACAUCGACGCAGUGUUCUGAGCAGGACAACAUAAAAAUCGAUAUAUAUCAUGACAGGUCGACAAAUUUUGAAAUUAUUGCUAAUCUCCCAAAAUACGUUUCCUACGCUAACAACAGAGAGCCAAAUUACGACCAUUGCGUAUUAGCUUCCCCUUAUUGGAUAUUUGGUAACCAGACGAUAUCCCCAAAUACAGCAGACGUUCGCGAAGGUGAUGCGACAUUGGAAUUUUCCGGUUCGUAUUACAGAACAACAGCAACUGUGAGUUUCAACUUCAACAGGCUCACACCAACAAGAGAAACUGACGAAAGGCUCAUUGAUUCGGUACUGUUCGUGAAAUUACGUAACAUGCCGCGAGAAAAUGUCAUGGUCAAACCGGAAUACUUGACGGAAGGUCGGUGGAAGACAUUGCGUAACGUAGAAUUCACUCCGUUUGACAAUGAGCACACGUGGUCUAUACCAGAAAGAACUUGGGAUAUUACUGGUGAAAACCAGAUAAAAUUACUUAUAGAACCUGGUAAACAAGAAGUUAUAUUAGAUACAGUAAAAUUAGAACGACGGAACGGUAAAGACACUACUGUAGAACUCUAUGCGGACCCUGAUGUUGUGUUCGAGGGCGUCAGGCUUAGUUUCUGGCAGUACUGGCAGGAUCAGCCGAAUUCAAUGACAGUCACUGUACAAGCCUUGGGCACGGCAGAGUAUUUUAAAGUCGACAGCAUCCGAGUGUAUGUUAAAGUUCCUUGGACAGGCGCGUAUUCUCAAGUUUUCGUUAUGUUUCAAGAUGGCAGGAUACGACUUCAAGCAAUGACACCUCACGGUUUAGAUUAUAUCCCAUAUGGUGCUUCUGUCUACAUAGGUCAGCCAAAAUCUACAAGCUCGGAAAGGCCAUACUCACCAAUAGAAAGAGUUGAUAUAGAUCCGAAGAGCAAACGAAUGGCUCUGCGGUAUGCUGACGGAAACACCGCUGUGUUUAUCCUUCAAACGAGUUUCGCCGAAACUAAACUCAUAGUGAAAAAUGCAAUGUUCAAGAGAAAUCGAAAGGUGUUCCCGAUCAUGACAUUUCAGUCUAUGUGGAUACAUGACGGUAAUGCAGACACAGAUCACGUGACCAUUAACGGGGAUAUAUCCCGCCAUAUCACAUCAAAUUGGAGGGAAUUGUAUGGAAUAACUGCCGUGUUCUUUAAAAAGUGUAUUUCCCAGCACAAUACACAGGCGCCGGAUAUAAAGAUACAUUUCCUGUCUGGUGUUGAGAUAUAGUGUGUACAGUCCUGUCCAUGUAUACUGUACAUGGUGGAAAACAAUAUAGUUGCAGACAAAGGAAAACAUAUGUACGAAGAAAUUUAUUCUACAUUCAUUUCACAUCCACCAUCGAUAUGAAAGGUUUCUAAAUCAUUAGUCCUUUUGUCAUAUAGUAUAAACGUAGUAUUAUCUCCUGAUAUUAAUAUAUUGACUAUUAUAUCUUGUUCUUUAUUUAUAUAGUUACUGUUAGAAUAGGUUCGCGCUCGGCUCACGAUAAAUCACCCGUAAAGCAAUUUUAUGCUAGAUGGUGGUAGCAACUGUUAGAUACGAUUGUAUAUCAUGUACGAUUCACAUUUAGCAUUAAACAUUCACUAUUAGA